UCUGACUCUGUGCUGUAAAGUAAAGAUCGGGUAGUUUAGUUUCAAAUCACACUGAGGGAACAGGCGGUUGACCAAUUUGUCACUUGUCAGAGGAUUGAGUAUAAUGUUUCACAGUGGUAUCUUAUUUCUACGUUUAACCUUACAGAGGCUUGCUUUCGGGUUCUGACAUUCACAACCCAUGGUGUUCCUCUGUGUGGAAGGCUAGCGUGAUCUGGUGUAAACAAGUCACUAGCUCAGGAUUCACUGUUUGAGGAGAGGAGGGGGGAAGUAGCAGGAGAAUGCAGAAACAUUGCCACGCAUAAGUUCAUUUUUAACUGGCCACUGGAGACCAGUUAGGUACUGACAGCAUAAAACAAUUGCAUGUAUUAAGUAUCCCUUCUGAAAGGCGUGUUAGAUGACAGAUUUACAUGCAAUUGUGUUUCAAAACUAACGGUACUGUGUUACAACUGGUCGUCCAUUGAGCUGGGCAGCUACCAAUGUUAGCAGAAACCAAAGUCACUAGUUUGCUAACCCUGUCAGCGGAAUAACAUUAUUUGGCGUCGAUUAUCACGGUGUUUGUUGGCGAUUAUCCCCGUUAAAGUUAUCAAUGAAAAACAGGCUAACAACGAAACGACAAAACGGUUAGGGAGAUUUUAUUCGAAACAGGAAAGGACUUUCGACCAUCCUUAUCUCCGAGACUCUGAGAGGCUUAUUUGAGGGACACGGAACUGAUUACCCCGCCUGCAAUAAUGUCAUUAUUGCCAAGGAUAUUACGCUUGGUAAGACGGGAGACUUCCUCUAUCUACUGUCAUCGGAGGUGUUUAUCAAGCAUGUCCUCCUCAAAGAAAUUGCGGAUUCUGGUGGACAUGGAUGGGGUCAUAGCAGAUUUCGAAGGUGGAUUUCUGAAGAAGUACCGCGCGAGAUAUCCGAACGAACCAUUCAUCACAUUAGAGGACCGGAGAGGAUUUUGGGUGUCAACUCAAUACGGCCAGCUAAGAAGUGACCUCUGCGAGAAAGCCAUCAGCAUCUGGGAAUCCAAGGACUUCUUCACCGAGCUGGAACCCCUACCGGGAGGCGUGGAGGCCGUCAAAGAGAUGGCCAAGAUGGAGAACACAGAUGUCUUUAUUUGCACCAGUCCAAUCAAAUUCUACAAUCACUGUCCUUAUGAGAAGUAUGCAUGGGUGGAGAAGCACCUGGGCCCUGACUUCCUAGAGCAGAUCAUCCUGACGCGAGACAAAACCGUGGUAACAGGCGACAUCCUCAUCGACGACAAGCCGGAUAUACUGGGGGUGGAGCCUAACCCUACCUGGGAGCACGUGCUGUUCACGGCGUGCCACAACAAGCACAUGCCCCCCUGCCCGUCACGCCGACGCCUCCUGUCCUGGGCAGACGAUUGGAGGGGCAUCCUGGAGAGCAAGCGACACUGAGGGAGGGGGGCGAAGCCACACAACCCCCCCCCCCCCAAUCUCCCAAACCUCCACAUCAACUCCCACAGACGGCUGUCCCUUUUGAGAGCCGGGGCUCAGGAGGCCCCCCCUCCCCAAACCUCCACACACACUUAUCAACUCCCACAGAUGACCCUCUUGAGGUCACAGCUCCCCUUAGAAGAGAAAGAUCACCAGGCUACAGUAAUGGAAUCUUCUUGAAGAUUCCGUGGGAGAGUGGUCGUCCAGUAAGAUCAGCGAUGGCCUCUUUCUUGCGAGCUCUCCGAAAAAAAGAGUUUUUCUGGUCAGUCCUUACAGCUGUCACUCUUUCUCUGUCACGCACCUCCUGUGGUACCCUCGUCUGAUUGGACAAAUAUUAGGCAAAUCCUUUUCAACUUCCUGUUUAUCCCUCAGCUGAUUGGACAAAUAUUAGGCAAAUCCUGUUCAACUUCCUGUUUAUCCCUCAUCUGAUUGGACAGUUCCUAGUCAACUACUGUUGGUCUCAUCUUGUUAGACAAAUCCAUUUCACUUCCGGUUUAUUCCUCAUCUGAUUGGGUACAACCCUCUCGCUCCCUAUGACCCACUGGUAUUGGGGUAUUUAUUCAUACAGUGCAUUUGACCUGGACUAGGGGAAGACGCCUUUAUUUUAACCUCAAUUUGCUGGGUGCAGUUCAGCCCACAUCAGCCAGAGGGCGCUCUCUCAUUUGUUUACCACUUCAGGUGUUUAAUGAAACAGAGGUUUGUGAUGCCCACUCUGUUAACCUCACUCCACACACACUCACAUACUCUCACACGCACACACACACACACACACACUCACACACACACACACACAGGUGUGUGAGGCCUGCUCUAUUAACGUCACUCCAUACACACACACACACACACACAAACAUACAUACAUACACACAUACGUACAUACAUACAAACAAGCAAACAAGCGCACAGCCAAAUUAUAAGCUAUUCUUGGUUCGAGUGAAGAGACAUGGCAUUAUUUCAGCACAUGUAACAAAUGUCACAAGCUCAGAUAUGACUGAGAACAGUAGUUUAGUGUUUUUUUUCUUUUCUUAAAGUAAUGUCCAGCCUGUGGUAAUAACAUGCGUGUCUAGAGCCCAAACCCUUAAGACUGCCCUUUACUACUAGUCUAUAGUCUCCAUACAGGCUCAGGUUUACAUUGUAAUCCCAGACCCACUGAAAACUCAAACAAUGGUCCUAACCCACAGAUACGAACAUGUUGGGUGUGUGUACAUGGAUGACCACUAGGGGUCGCUGAUGGCACAUUCGAGCAGCUUAGACCAGAGCAUUAGCAGUUGCCAUAGAAAUCAGGUUGCCCAUGUGGUGCUUCCAGUGCUCUCUCUGCCUUUAAUGUAGUGUAGUCACUUCAGCCUGUCUAGUGUGGUUUUCUGCACGACAUGGACGAGGCUAUAUGUACCUGCGCAUAGAACACGCACCUGACUGCCAAAACAUGGCGGUUACCACCUGUAAAGGUCACAGGUCAAGGGGAGUUGACAACAGGUGGUGUCUGUUAGCAACCGUUUAAGAUGCUGUGGCAUAUUAGUGUACAUUUUCUGGAGUAAAGCAGUCAGGAAUACAGGUAAAAAUACACGUUUCCAAAUGCUGUCAGGCUGUCAGUACUGCAAUACAUGCAAUCACUAUCACAAUCAAGUCACAUGUACACUGACACACACAACCAGUGGUCGUUCCUGUUGAUAAAGACAUUUCUUCCAGCAUUUCCAUGGUCACCUAGACAGGGACUAAUAGUCCGAAGCCAUAUGUCACAUUGAAGUAAUACCUGUAUGAAGUGUUUGUUAUUGUGUUAAUAUCGGGAGGUGUUCGAUGCUCUGUAUUUGUUGUUUAGAUAUGAAACACUUUCAUCUACAACAUGGUUUGAUGGUUUUUAGCAUGCUUAGAAAACCCUUGUCCUUCAGAGUUAAACACACACACCACACACAUAUGCACAGUUGACACUUUUCUAUAUUGUGCCAAUGAGCCCUAAGGUUGCCCAGGUGACCGUUGGUGUUUACAUUGCGCUGCUCUGUAGAACACUGAAAACGACUCUAGAACCCUCAGAUUGAAUUGCUACCAGGGCAACACAGAGGAGGUGGAACAGCAUGGUCAAAUAAGAACGCAUAUCGCACAUUUCACUGGUCUUCUGUACAAGUGGUUGCCUGGCUAGAUAUUUUUUUUUCCAAAUAUUAUAUUGUAGCCCAAUACAAUGAUAGCCAUUAUAAUAUUUUAAGAGUUAUAAACUAUAAGUAUUAACAUUUAGAUUUUGCAACAAAUGAUAUUAACAACUUAUUAUGUAAAUUCACAUAUUUUAUGCAUUUUAAGAUGUUUUAUGCACAUUUCUUUUGCAAAUGAUUUUAUUUUUCUCUGAAUGUUUCUUGUUUUCUUUGCUGUGGUGCAAUUGAGUUUAGAGGGCGAGAGGGACUGGAGGUGCAGCUGCAUUCAUGUAGAACAUUUAAACAAGGGAAAAGUGCAUUCUGGGAAAAUGCCACUUUAAAACCUAGCUUUUGUUACCUGAGUCAGAACUUGAAUGGCAGUGGACGCAUGGCUGAAUAGCCAUGACUUCUCUCUCUCUUUCUCUUUCUCUCUUUCUCUCUCUCUCUCUCUCUCUCUCUCUCUCUCUCUCUCAUGCCCCCUCUCUGCCAGUUGAGUACUAUGGAAGCUGCCCUUGUGACCUCACUUCCUCCUUCUCUCUGGUGCUCAUGAUCUAGUUUGGGUCUAGUCCGGUCAGCUUUGGUUUGGUUGGACCUUUUCUGUGUGUUUUUUUUUGUUGUUGUGUUUUUGGUGCUUCUCCAUGGACUGGGGAGUUUUCAGUUUUAUUUCUUGGGCUACACGGGAAGGGGUAGCAACUACAACACGACUCGAACGAGAUGAAUAAAGAGAGCUAUGUAUUCCAACACA